AUGGGCCUCCUCACGCACCGCUUCCGGUUCAUCGUCGUCUUCGGCUGUUUUCUAUGCCUUACCUCAAUUAAUUCCAAUUAUAUCACCAUGAAUUUUACGUUUAUUUGUAUGGAGAAUGAUAUGACGGGCGCGAUUCCGGAUUCUAAUGGAACGCUGCACAGCCGCUUCAAAUACACACCUACCGAGAAGAAUUACAUCGUGUGGGCCGUGGCGGCCGGGACGAUACUCGGCACUUUUCCGAUUAAUUGGGCGUAUAUUAAUUUUGGAGCGAGAUACCCCUUCUUCAUCGCUGGUACCCUAUCUGUCAUCUCAACGGCCAUGAUCCCAUUCGCAGCCAGCUCGUCGUUCCUCUUCUUGCUGACCCUACGUUUCGUCCAGGGUCUCGCCUACUCAGCCGACUUCGCAGCCAUCGGCCUGGUGACCGUACGCUGGGCUCCUCUGGCCGAGACCGGCCUCUUCAUGUCGGUGAUGACGUCGUUUACGCCGGUUUCGACGUCGAUCACAAAUCCGGUUUCUGGAUGGAUCUGCGAGUCGUCACUCGGGUGGAAGUGGGCGUUCUACGGGCAUGCCGUCAUGUGCGCCAUCGUUUUCAUGGCCUGGAUCGGCUACUACACCGACAACCCCGCCACGCACAAGGCCGUCGACUCGGAGGAGCUCAAAAAGAUUCAGAAGGGCAAGACGCGGGCCCACAUCGAGGGCGACAGCUUUGUGCCGUACAAAGCCAUCUGCAAGAACCACAUCAUCCUCAUCGUGUGGUUCAACUCGUUCGCCGAGAUGACCACCGUCACCCUGUUGCUCACCUACAUGCCGCUGUAUUUUAACAAGGUCCUCGGCUUCGACGUUGUAAUGACAGGACUGCUCGCCGCAGUCACCUCAUUUUUGCACGCUCCUCUGAAGUGGCUCUCCGGUUACCUCAGCGAUAGCAUUACAUCGAUCCCCGAACACGUCAAGAUGCAAGUGUUGAAUUUUAUCGCCGUCGGCUUUUCCGGGAUUUGCUGCUUUGUGAUUGGGGCGGCGAAACGAGCAGGAGACGGCUAUGUCGCGGUGUUCUUCUUCGCGGCCGUCUACUGUGCGAUGGCGGUGAACUGUGGCGGGUUCUACAAGACUGGCACGUUGGUAGCUAGACAAUACGCCCAUUUCGUACUGGCAACGAUCCAAUUUAUGAAAUGCGUAGCCCUGGUAGCAGCUCCCGCCAGCUGGGCCAUCUUUGUCCGAGAUGAAAGCAACGCCACCGAAUGGUCGUACGUCUUCUACCUCAACGGCGCUGUCUUGAUUCUUGCCAACAUCAUGUUCGUCUUCAUCUGCACCGACAAGCCGGCCGAGUUCACGUACAUUACGAGGGACAACCCUGACGGGCAUCACGACGUCUCGGCGAUGGAGAUCAAGACCGGGCAGACGGAGCGAGAAGCCCCGGAUAGUGUCGUGGAAUCGCAGAGCAUUUCGGAGACCAAGAGCCGCCCGGAAGCCAGAAGUCCUGAAGACUCGAAGAGCCAACAGGAAUCGAAAUCGCAGUCCCAGAAGUCGUCCCCAAAAACU